AUGCUGAGGAGCGCCCUGAUGUGCGCCGUGCUCGCACUGGUGCUCGCCCAGCCCUUCCCCUGCCCUAACACCUGCAAGUGUGUGGUCCGCGAUGCGGCGCAGUGCUCGGGCGGCAGCGUGGCUCGCAUCGCCGAGCUGGGUCUGCCCACGAACCUCACGCACAUCCUGCUCUUCCGAAUGGACCAGGGCGUGUUGGGGAACCACAGCUUCAGUGGCAUGACAGUCCUGCAGCGCCUGAUGCUCUCAGAUAGCCACAUUUCCGCCAUCGACCCCGGCACCUUCAAUGACCUCAUAAACCUAAAAACCCUCAGGUUGACGCGCAACAAAAUCGCUCAUCUUCCAAGCCCGCUCCUGGAUAAGAUGGUGCUCUUGGAACAAUUGUUCUUGAACCACAAUGCACUAAGGGACCUGGACCAAAACCUGUUUCAGAAACUGCUUAACCUGCAGGAGCUCUGUUUGAACCAAAAUCAGCUCGCUUCCCUUCCUGCCAACCUUUUCACCAGCCUGGGGAAGCUGAAGGUGUUGGAUUUAUCGGGAAACAACCUGACCCACCUGCCCAUGGGAUUGCUUGCGGCGCAGGUUAAGCUUGAGCAACUGCUGCUCUAUUCAAACCAGCUCGCAUCUGUGGAUUCGGGGCUUCUGGGCAACCUCGGCGCCCUGACGGAGCUGCGGCUGGACCGGAAUCACCUCCGCUCCGUCGCACCCGGUGCCUUCGACAGCCUCGGCAACCUGAGCUCCUUGACUCUGUCCAGAAACCGCCUGGCGUCUCUGCCGCCCGCGCUCUUCCUUCGCGCGAGCAGCGUGACUCGGCUGACCCUGUUCGAGAACCCUCUGGAGGAGCUCCCGGAGGUGCUGUUCGGGGAGAUGGCCGGCCUGCGGGAGCUGUGGCUGAACGGCACCCGGCUGCGCACGCUGCCCGCCGCCUGCUUCCGCAACCUGAGCGGCCUGCAGACGCUGGGCGUGACCGGGAACCCGCGCCUGAGCGCGCUCCCGCGCGGCGCGUUCCAGGGCCUGCGGGAGCUGCGCGUGCUCGCGCUGCACGCCAACGCCCUGGCCGAGCUCCCGGAGGAGGCGCUGCGCGGCCUCGGCCGCCUGCGCCAGGUGUCGCUGCGCCACAACCGGCUGCGGGCCCUGCCCCGCGCGCUCUUCCUCAACCUCAGCAGCCUCGAGACCGUGCAGCUGGAGCACAACCAGCUGGAGACGCUCCCCGGAGACGUGUUCGCGACCCUGCCCCAGCUGACUCACGUCCUGCUGGGCCACAACCCCUGGCUCUGCGACUGUGGCCUGUGGCCCUUCCUCGAGUGGCUGCGCCAUCAUCAGGACCUCCUGAGCCACGGCGAGCCCCCGCUGUGCCGUGGCCCGGAGCCACGCGCGGGCCUGUCGUUCCGGGACCUGCUGCAGGGUGACCCGUGGUGCCCGCACCCUCGAGGCCUGCCUCUCAACCCUCCAGCCGAGAGCGCUCUGCAAGUCCCGGUCCCAUCCCAGCUGCCUAACAGCUCGCAGUCCCGCGCGUGGGUCCAGCUGGUGGCCAGGGCUGAGGGUCCCGAUCAUCGCCUCUACUGGGGUCUUUAUAUUCUGCUUUUAGUAGCUCAGGCCAUCAUAGCCGGGAUCAUCGUGUUUGCCAUGAUUAAAAUCGGCCGGCUGUUUCGAACACUAAUCAGAGAGAAGCUCUUGUUGAGGGCGAUGGAAAAAUCGUGUGACUAAUUAAAAACGUGACUAGAGCGUUGUGGACGGGGCCCCAAGGAGAAUCCAGCCUGGAUGCUGCUCCCUUCCUCCUUUUCCCACGCCGUCUCGCAUCUCCCCUGCUCUCUCUGCCUCAGUUCCUUCUCUCGGUGUUCCUUCUCCCGCUCUCCUCACAAGUACAUUUUGUAAAUCGCUACCUCUUGCUAGCUAGCCCGGCCUCAGUUUCCUUCUCUGGUCUUAGCUUCGGGGAGAAGGAGGAGGAAACUUGGCUUGUAUUUGGCUCCUCCGGUCCCACCGUGCAGCGCUGGGGACCCAGUGGAGAGAGGAGCUCGUUCUUAGUUUCUCAGUUUCUGAGUUUGAGGACACUCCUCCCGGGUGGGCAAGACCUCUCCUGCACCCAGCAAGGGUUGGGUGACAUUUGCUGAAGGAAUACAUGCAUAAAACGAACCCUGGGCCCCAGAGAUGACGACGGCUUCUCCCAGGAGAAAGCCGAGGUCUUCUUGUUCCUUUCUACUUGAAAGGAGAUUCUUUUUGGUUCUCAUUUUGAGUCCGUGCUGAGGACUGUUUGAGGGGGCGCUGGACUCUGAUCCAGAGAUGAAUUUCAGGGCAAGCCUCCUCUGUGAAAACCCCACCCCCAGCGACGACGGUCACUUCCUGGUACCCACUCCUGACCUGACUGGAAUGGAUUUUGUCACUGGUAUGGGCAUGGGAACUCCCGUGUGUCCUGCCUGGCCCAGCUCAUCACAGAGGAGGCUUGCUCUGAAAUGGAGGCUCCACGGGAACCCGAGCCCGGCUGAGGGAUUCUGAACUCAUCUGGAGAAGCCGUGUGCGGGGAAGCUUGGGGACCUGCUCGGCUUGGGGACCUCCCAUUAGCCUCCUGGGAGUUUCCAUUGCUUUGCACCAGGGCAAUGUGUCAUUGGUUCCCAUUUCCUAGAGGUAAAUGCCAUCUCAUUUCACAAGCAUUUAUGGAGCGGUGACCAUGUGAUAGGUGUUCAUGGACGUAAUGAUAGCUUGGUUUCCAUGGACUGCGCUUGUAUCACAUUCUCAUUUAUCCUUCCAAUUGCAAGCAAUUAAACCCUUGUUGCCUUAAUUGGCUGUCUGUGCUUGUGAGAGGCAGUGGUUAAACACAUGCACUGGGAGCUGACAACUUGGGUCUCAUGUCCCCACGUACUAACCCUUGGGGACUUUGUACACACAUUCUGUAAGCCUGGGUUUCCUCGUCCCUGAAAGGGGACAAAACAGUACCUGCCUCAGAGGGGUCACUGUGAGAAUUAAAGGUAAUAAAACAAAGACUUUACCCAGUGCCCUGCAUACAAAAACCGCCCAGGGGAUGAUAGCUACCAUUAAAGAGUAUGCGGUUACAUUCUCAUCCCCCCACCCACCCACACCCUCAUAUUUUUGAGACACUGUCUCACUAUGCUGCCCAGGCUGCUUUUGAACCCGACUCUGGGAUUAGAGGCUUGGGCCGUCACACUCAGCGGGUACCAUGAUUUCUAAAGAAGAUAUUCUCACCCUCUGUAUAGACAAGAGAAAACUUUCUCAGACUGGAGGUUAUAGCCAAACCAGCUGUAUCUGUCUCCCGGUGGCCUCAGUCCCGUGUGCUCGGGUUCUGUGCUUACAGGCCACAGCCACGGAUCUUCCCAACACCAUCAGGGGUAUGUGGAGGAGAAAGAGCUGGAUCCUGACGUCUCUCUGCAUUUACUUCACCAAUAUCGCCUCCUUGGUGAUGCCCUCCCUAUUCCUGGCUAUGUGCCUUCUGUAUGCUAUGUGCUGGUCCUGGGUGCGAUUUUAGGGUAUCUGUUUAAUUGGCCUCUUGUGCUAUGAACUCCUUGGGCAAUUUUUGUCUUGUUUAUUUCAAAAAAUUUGGAGCCGCUUAUAGCUUAAAAUCCAGAUUUUUUUUUUUUUUGACAUGCAGACUCAAUUCUAAGCACUAUUCUCCCAGGCAUGAUUUCUAGCAUGGAGCCUGUUUUGUUCACCUGUAGGAUGAGGGUAACAAUUGCCCCCUUCCUCCCAGUGUUGCAAGGGCCACACGAGGUAAUCCCUGCCAGUUAAUGACAAUGGGCUGGUCCCUGGGGGCCAGCGGCAGCUGUGUGGAUCAGCGAUUCCAGAAUCCACUGUGUUCUAACGUCUCUCAUUGCCUCUUCAUGUGUUGCUUCAUUUGGCAAAUUGAUUUACUCUUCUAUCCCAAGCUCUCUGGUAAGUAGAGAGUCGGAGCCAUGAGUGAAACAAAAUGCUCACUUCCGGGGGGUUGUGCCCUGGGGUCCCACCAGCCGUGAUGUUGUCCCAAAUGCCAAGACAUUCAGAACCAAGGUGUGGAGGACAGCUCCGAACACUUCAGCCAGCUUCAUGAAAUAGUCAGACUUUGUUCUAUUUGAUUCAGUCUUUAAACAGAUAAUAUUGAAAAUCCCUCUUCUUGACUUUAUCCCUUUUUCUCUUUAUCAAACAAUAAAGCUACUCAAUAAA